AUGGCCCAUUCUUGGACCAGGGAAUACAAAGUAGGCAACCUGGUCUUUGCCAAGGUGAAGGGCUACCCACACUGGCCGGUGCGGAUUGAUGAACUCCCAGAGGGAGCGAUAAAGCCUCCAGCAAACAAGGAUCCUAUCUCCUUUUUUGGCACUCAUGAAAUUGUGUUUCUAGGUCCCAAAGACCUUUUUCCAUAGAAGGAAUAGAAAGACAAGUUUGGGAAGUCAAGCAAACGGAAAGGAUUUGAUGAAGGAUUGUGGGACAUAGAAAAUAACCCAGGUGUCAGGUUCACUGGAUACCUAGAAAUGGCACAGAGCUCCUCAGAAACUGAGGGAGAAGGUGGAAACACUUCAGAUGCAAGCAGUGAGGAAGAAGGCCACAGAGUAGAAGAAGAUGAGAGAGGUAAAAGAAAAAAUGCAAAAGGGGGCUCCAAAGGGAAAAACUCACAUACAUCAAAGAAAUCCUCUGAACAAUCCUGGAAAUCUCGAGGAGAUGCAGAUGAUAAAGAUUGCAAAGAAGAAAACAAAGACAGCUCUGAGGAUGGAGAUGCUGACAAUGACACAAGGACCACUUCACAUUUGCAGAAAACCAGUGAAGGGACCUAAAUACCCUAAUGAAUGCUGCAUAUUAAGAGAAACCACAGAAGGUUAAAUGUUGUCUAGUAUUCUUGGAUUUGAUAUGAACCAACACAUAGUCCUUGUUGUCAUUGACAGAACCCAGUUUGUAUGUACAUUAUUCACAUUCCUCUUUGUUUUGUUGGGAAAAGAGACAUUUUAAUCUUUUUUAAAAGGUUAUUGAUUUAAUCUCAUGUUAUUUGGUUGCAUGAAGUUGCCCUUAACCACUAAGAAUUAUCAAGAUUUUUGCACAGACUUACACAUGUCUAGGAUCCUUUUACCAAGGCAGUUAUGUUCAUCAUUUUUCUGCCUUUACCCCACCACCACCACCAAACACUUGAUUACAUAUUAAUCAGCAUUAUUUUAGAGGACCACUCCAUAAUGCUUAAGGAUGGGAUUUCUUCUUUUUGACAGAACCC